GAGAUGGUAAAUUAGCACUUACUUCACAAGAGCAAUGUUGUGAUAACCAAGAAUUUAUGCAUUCAGCUCAUAAACAACCAGACAAUGACGAAUUUGAUAGUGCUAACGAAACUGAUGAUUUUACAAUUAAAGAUAGUGCUGAAUUUCCUAGUUGGAAAUCUCUAGAAAAUAUAUUAAAAAAAUAUGAAGCAGAAAUUGGGUUCAAGGCGAUAAAAUUUCGAAUGGAGCGUAAUAAUACUGGUGUUAUAAAUCGACGAUACUUUGUUUGUGAAAAUUCUAAAGAGUGUCAAUCUAAAAAAAAGAUUGUUAGUGAAGACCAAAGGGAUAGGGAAUCCAAAAAAAAAGAGUUUGCCCCAAGUUUACGUAUGCUUUCACAAGAAGUUCUUGAUGAAAUUAAGUUUUUAACUCAUAUCCAAAGUGUCUUUUUUGAACCUGUUCAAAAUGCAAUCAAGAAAUAUUUGACAUUAGAAUCUGCUUCAAUGCAAAAUGCUCAAAUAUCACAAAGUGUAUUAUAUCGUGUAUAUUUAUAUGAAGUCUCAAAUAAUUCUACAUUGUUUCCUAAUGCUCAUGAAUAUGCAGAAGGAUACCUUGAAGAUGAAUACAAUGCAUUGCAAGCUUCGCUUAAAAAUAUUAUUAAUAUGGUUAACCGUGACAACAUUCUUGAAGUUUGGCGUGUUUCUUUAUUUGAUCGACACAAUUAUAGUUACUCUCAUUAUGUUAUUCUUUUAAAGAAUAACACAUAUCUUUGCACUGACGCUGCUAAUAUCAUGGAAUUUGAUACAAAUGAAGAGAUGAAUCAAGUCAUAGCUAUUCGCGGACCCAAUACAUAUCAAGCUAGCAUUCAUGCCUGUGUUACUCAAAAGCAAGAAUAUACUCAUGGAUUUGGCAUAGCAAAAAGUGGAUUAAAAUUCGCUCUUGAAAAUGGAUUAAUUAACGAAUUU